AUGGCCGCCGCCGAUGUUCGCGACAUGUUGGAUUUGCCCGCGGAGGGCCAGCCACGUCCGCUCAAGAAGCAGAAAGUGACCGAGAAGCGACCAGAGGGUAUCACCCGUGAGCUGUUCGCUUUAUUAGGCGAGCGGGCACCUCCGAUCGCGAUCAACGAGAACCGCUACAAGGGCCGUCCGAAAUGGAUGAGCAAACUGCGUGUCCGCCCUUGGCGGAUGGCGCCGUUCGAAAAUGGCGCCCGAUCUGACGGCCUCGUGCUGCGCCAUUGGCAGCGACAGAACGAACCCGCGAAACCGGCACUGGAGGGGUCGGAGAUGGACGUUGACGGAACCAAGGAUGAGAAGGACACAUCCGAGGCCGUGGAAAAGGAUUACAUGUUCGCCAAAUACAAUGUCAGAGCCCGCGUACCGAACCGCUACACCGACGAGGAGUACAACCGCCAUCUGAAGAGCGACGACUGGACCCGCCAGGAGACCGACUACCUGAUGGACUUGGUCGAGGAAUACGAUCUCCGCUGGGUAGUGGUAGCCGACCGCUACGAUUACCAGCCCCAUCCGGUGGACGCGGAGACGAACACGUCCGCCCUCGUCCCGGCCAAACGCUUUCGAACAAUGGAGCAGAUGAAAGCCCGGUACUACUUCAUCGCCGCAUCCAUGCUCGCCCUGGAACACCCUCCGUCCGAGAUGUCGGAGGCCGAGUUCGACCUGCACGAGAAGAUGAUGAAAUUCGACCCGGAGCGCGAGCGCUCCCGCAAAGAGCUCGCCGCUCUCCAGCUCAACCGGACCGCCGACGAGGUGCGCGAGGAGAGCAUCCUCCUGGAAGAACUCAAACGCAUCACUGCCAACGAGCAGGAGUUCAUCACCGAGCGCCGGGAGCUCUACUCCCGCCUCGAGGUCCCCAUCAGCGUGGGCAACACCACCAUGUACCAGUCCAGCCAGGGUCUGUCGCAACUCCUGCAGACGCUCCUACAAGCCGACAAGAGCAAGAAGCGCCGCUCCAUUCUCGGUCCCGAAAGCGCCGCCGCCGCCCCCAGCCCAGCCGGCCAGACCCCGGCAUCCAACGCCCCCGGCAGUGCGCGCGACAGCCGAGCCGAUACCCCCAACACCUCCGCGCCCGCCACCACCACCCCCGCCUCCGCCGCGCCCACGAACAAAAAAGCCGCCGCAGCCGCCGCCGCCGCAGCAGCAGCCGCGACCAAGGAAGCCGAGAAGACAGUUAAGACGCUGACGACAGCCGAGGAGGCGAAGUACGGGGUGCAGCACCACGAGCGGCUCGCGCCAGGCGUGCAGUUCCGAAGCGACCGCGCCCAGAAGCUCACGCAGGCCAAGUCCAACGUGCAGACGCAGAAGCUGGCGGCCGCGCUGGCCGAGCUGGCGGUGCCGCUGCGGCUCACCAUGCCGACGGAGCGCGUGUGCAAGGAGUUCGAGAAGCUGAUCCACUCGGUCAACCUGCUGCUCGACGCCCGCAAGGUUGCCGAGAAGGUCGAGAGCGAGAUCCGCGUGCUGGAGGCUGCCAAGGAGGAGCGCGAACGCCGCACCAAGGAGGCCCAGGAGAAGACCACUCCCUCCACCACCACCGCCACCACCUCCUCCACCAAGCCUGAGGUCAAGUCCGAGCUCCACGAGGAGGAUCAACCGCUGAUCUCGGCCGAGGCCGCCGCCGAGGCUGCCACGGCUCCGGAUCCCAACGGUCCGUCGACUGCUGCUCCUUCCGCUGUGGCGACGGAGGGCGCCGAUGCAGCGGAGAAACCUGCGAGCGCGAGCGCGGGCCCUGCGGCUUCGGCGGAGGGUCAAGAGGGGACGUCGCACAAACGCUCGGCGAGUGUGUUGAGCAAUUCGAGCGAUAAGAGCAACAAGCGGCAGAGGAAGUGAUGUCGCUUGUGGGUGACACUGGUGGUAAUGGGCGUUUGGAGAGGGUUCGGGGCGUUUUUGUGCUUUAAUAUACCUUUGUACGAUUAUAUGAACCUAC